UUAAAAUUUCAAGGUUGACGUCAAAUUUUUUAGGAGCAUACUCUAACAAGUGCAAUGUUGCGAGCGGUUACAAUGAAAUAUUUAAGCUUAUUCAUUCUCGUAUUUCAAAAUCUACUUUAUAUUCUGUGUAUGCGUCAUGCAAGAUCACGAACAACCGAAAUGUUCAACUCUUCAUCUAUGGUAAUAAUGAGCGAAUGUUUGAAAUUCUUAACAUGUGUAUCAGUUCUAAGUAUUACUGGAAACUUAAAAAAUUGUUUAAAACUCAUACAACACAAUCCACUAGAUGUUUUAAUGACUUUUAUACCUGCCAUAAUAUAUGUCAUUCAAAAUCGUCUUCUUAUAACAGCUUUGAGUAAUUUAGAUGCAGUCACAUUUCAGGUGGCUUAUCAGUUGAAAUUGUUUACUACAGCAUUAUUCAGUAUGCUUAUUCUUCGGAAACCGGUUAGUAAAAUGCAAUGGUUUGCUUUGGUUUUAUUGUUUAUUGGAGUUGCAACAGUUGAAAGUCCUGUUAAUUCUAAUAAAACUAAUCACCCACCUAUAGCAUAUAAUCCUCCAUUAGGAUUAUUCUGUGCUGUAUGGGCAUCCAUAUUGUCUGGUUUGGCAUGUGUAUUUUUUGAAAUGCUUCUAAAAAAUACCAACAAAUCUAUAUGGCAUCGUAAUAUUGAAUUAGCUUUUGCAUCAAUUAUCAUUGGUAUACCUGUACAACUAUUGACCGAUUGGACUGAUAUUACACAAAAUGGCUAUCUUCAUGGUUUUGAUUGGUUUGUUUGGAUAGUGGUAUUUCUACAUGCAUUCGGUGGUUUAUUAGUAGCUUUAGUAGUUAAAUAUGCUAACAAUAUUCUUAAAGCAUUCGCCUGUUGCGUGUCAAUUAUUUUAUCAUGUGCAUUCUCUGUUGUAUUCCUUGGGAUGCAUUUGAGUAAUAGUUUCAUUUUUGGCACAAUAACUGUUAUCGUAUCGUCUAUCCUGUAUUCUAGUUAUCCCCCGAAAACAAAUGCUCGAUAGAAAUUCGUAUUAUUGCUUUUCAUUAAUUUAAAACAAUGUUACAAUAAUUUUAGUCUUUUUGUUUGACUCGACAUUUAACCUCCCAAUAUUUUGUUUACAUUUUUCAAACUACUUUUAAGUAGUAUUAAUAAGUAUGAAAUUUCAAAGAGAACUAAUCUCCAUGUUUGUUCAUUCUUUAAAAUAUUUUGUAAUUAUUUCUUUUCAGGAAAUUUCAAGUUGAGCUUUCAUUAACAACUAUGCUUAAUUAUCUUCAUAGUGGAUUUUUAUAUUUUUCGUAUAUAUAGUUUCAUCCGAUUAAUUAUACAAUAACGAUUUGAAAUAUUUUUUUGAAAUAAACUUAUUAUAUAUACUAUCCUAAAA